GCAAAAUGGUUGCUGGAAAAGUGAAGAAACCCGGCAAACGUGGCCGCAAACCUGCCAAGAUCGACCUGAAGGCCAAGCUGGAGCGAAGCCGGCAGAGCGCCAGAGAGUGUCGUGCCAGAAAGAAGCUGCGCUACCAGUAUCUGGAGGAGCUGGUGUCCAGUAAGGAGAGAGCCAUCUGUGCGCUGCGCGAGGAGCUGGACAUGGUAAUCACACUCUCAAACUGGGGGGUGGUCCAGAAAGCAGGUUAUGUGACAUACCCGGGUAUGUCUAGGGGUAAUUCUGUUGUGACAACUCUCGGAGGGAUUGGCAUGAAAUUCUAA